CUCGCAAACGGUACGCCAGGGCAGAGGGUGCCACUCUUUCUCGCUGCCUGGACGAUGAAUGCUUUGCACAACGUCCCGCUCAAGUGGAGGCUCCUGAUAGGUGGCCAAGUCCUGAUAACUGCAGGCUUAAUGGUGCACCGGAUGGAAACGAUCAACACUAUGAAGGAAGAGAGAAAGACGGCGGGAGGGGAGGGACGCUUCGCACCCCCCGCCCCCCUUGAGGAGCCUGAUCGUGCGCGGAGAAGGAGCGAAGGUUCUACGACGGAGGGUGGUCAAUAGAUAAGAGUUUUGAGUAGUCUAAAUGCAUCGAACGCUAAUCUGCGGCUUGAUCAUGCACCGCAGAGCCCAGCAGUUACGACAGGAGUUCUGCAGGUGGCGUGCCUAGCGUGAACGCAAGGCAGGAAUAUACCUUGUACUAGGGUUUGAGGCAUUGAGUGGAGCUGAAAAUGAGGGUGUUGAUUUUCGAAGUUUUUCUUUGCCCAUGUCCCUACACACGCAGAUUCAACACGCCACAAAGGGGCUGUGCUCGAAAUGCCGCGUUCCCUUGAAGUGAUGCAGGGAUAGGAAGUCAAAUUAUUUUUACUGUUUUUGGACCGAGCUUUUGGACCGUGUGCCCGCUGUUCAUGGCUUGACGUUGGGCAGAAUGUUCCUGAGCGAGGUCAUCUCUUACCUUGGCGUGCAUGGUGCGUCGGGACUCAAAGGAAACCCACCGCGUCCGACGUAUCAGAUAAGGUUGGAACAAAUUAAUGCGAUAUCAAGCGCUGAAAGCUGCUGCCGCGCUCGUCGAGCU